CGGCAGCGGCGGGACCGCGAACCGGCAGCGUGAACCGGCAGCGUGAACCGGCACCAUGAGCGGCGGCGAUAGCGGGGCGCGGGCAGCGGCCGAGCGCGAGGAGUUCGCCGCCUUCUUCCCGCAGAUCGUCCGCGACCUGACGGAGGACAUGCUGGGACACCCGGAGGUGGGAGACUCCGUGGCGCGGCUGAAGCAGGUGCUGGAGUACAACGCGCCGGGCGGGAAGUGCAACCGGGGGCUCACGGUGGUGGCCGCGUACCGGCGGCUGGCGGGGCCCGAGCGGCAGGACCCGGAGAGCAUCCGGCGUGCCCUGGCCGUGGGCUGGUGCAUCGAGCUGUUCCAAGCCUUUUUCCUGGUGGCCGACGACAUCAUGGACUCGUCCCUGACCCGCCGGGGACAGCUCUGCUGGUACAAGAAGGAGGGGAUCGGGCUGGAUGCCAUCAAUGAUGCUUUUCUGCUGGAGUCCUCGGUGUACAGGCUGCUGAGGAGGUACUGUGGGCAGCAGCCCUUCUACCUGCACCUGCUGGAGCUCUUCCUGCAGACAGGCUACCAGACCGAGCUGGGGCAGACCCUGGACCUCAUCACUGCUCCAGUCUCCCAGGUGGACCUGAGCAGGUUCAGCGAGCAGAGGUACAAGGCCAUUGUCAAGUACAAGACAGCGUUUUACUCCUUCUACCUGCCCGUGGCUGCAGCCAUGUACAUGGCGGGCAUUGACGGCAAGGAGGAGCACGAGGACGCCAAAGCCAUCCUGCUGGAGAUGGGGGAGUUCUUCCAGAUCCAGGACGAUUUCCUGGACUGCUACGGGGACCCGGCCCUGACGGGCAAGGUUGGCACCGACAUCCAGGACAACAAGUGCAGCUGGCUGGUGGUGCAGUGUCUGCAGAGGGCAACGCCGGAGCAGAGGCAGAUCCUGGAGGAAAAUUACGGCUCUAAGGAGCCCCAGAAGGUGGCCAAGGUGAAGGAGCUCUACGAUGCCCUGGGCAUGCAGGCGGCGUUCCGCGAGUACGAGGAGAGCAGCUACGCGCGGCUGCAGGCGCUGAUCGGGAGCCACGCCCGGCGCCUGCCCCGCCAAAUCUUCCUGGACCUGGCACAGAAGAUUUACAAGCGGCAGAAGUGAUGGAGGAGCCAGGCAGGGAGGGGGCUGGAGCUGCUCCCUGCCCUGGGAGGGGCCGGGGGUGGGC